CUCCUCCCCAGCCUCCACGGGUCUCCCCGCAGCCCUACCUCCCUCUCGCCUUCCCCUUCUCUUUUCACACACAGGACGCCCAGACACCCUCCGGCUCAGACAUGCUGCCGCUGCUGCUGCUGCCGCUGCUGUGGGCAGCGUCCCUGGCUCAGGAUCCGAGAUACUGGCUGAAGAUGCAGCCGUCCGUGUCGGUGCAGGAGGGCCUGUGUGUCCGCGUGCCCUGCUCCUUCUCCUAUGACACGGACGUCUUCAGUGCUUCUAGCCCUGUUCACGGCUUCUGGUUCCGGGAAGGGGCCGGUGUAAACUCGGAUGCCCCCGUGGCCACAAACAAAUUAGAUCGUCAAGUUCAGGAGGAGGCCCAGGGCCGAUUCCACCUCCUCGGGGACCCCAGGAACAACAACUGCUCCCUGGAGAUCAGAGACGCCAGGAAGAGCGACAGCGGUUCCUACUCUUUUCGUGUGGAAAGAGGAAGUAUCAAAUGGAGUUACACGUCUGAACAGUUCUUCUUGAAUGUGACAGCCCUCACCCACCAGCCCCACGUCCUCAGCCCGGGGGCCCUGGAGGCCGGCCGCCCCGGGAACCUGACCUGCUCUGUGCCCUGGGCCUGCGAGCGGGCCACGCCCCCCAUCUUCUCCUGGACGUCAGCUGCCCCCAGCUCCCUGGGCCCCAGGACCCCCUUCUCGUCGGUGCUCACCCUCACCCCACGGCCCCAGGACCACGGCAGCAGGCUCACCUGCCAGGUGAAGUUCCCCAGAAGCGGGGUGAUGGUGGAGCGGACCAUCCUGCUCAAUGUCACCGGUGCUUCACAGAACCCAAGCAAUAUAUGCGCAGGUGACAGCACAGGGGAAUCGGGGACGGGGGCAGGAGUGACCGAGGGGGCCAUCGCGGGAGCUGGUGUCACCAUGCUGCUUGUUCUCUGCUUCGGCCUCAUCUUCUUCGUAGUGAAGACCUACAGGAAGAAGGUAGCCAAGACCGCACUGGACAUGGAGGACAUCUACUCUGCUGCAAAGCCAGCUUCCCUGGAUCGCCAGCAGGAAUCCAAGUCAGAGGAAUCUUCUGACCCCACAAGUUACACAGGGGCCACCCCCUCUUUGGAGUUGGAGCAGGAGUUGCAUUAUUCCUCCAUCAUCUUCCGUGGGGAGAAGCCUCGGGAGAGCCCUCACUCAGAAUAUGCGGAGAUCAGGACCAAGUGAGGCACCAGGGGCAGUAUGAGCCUCAGCGUCGGGACGUCCAUAUCCUCCGCAGGAAGGAGGACCCACAGGCUAAUUCUUGGAGACCUAACACCCCCGUCAGCAGUGGGUUCAUGAACCUGCACAUUUCCUGCUAUAUGUCUUAGGCUUUGCAAUCACAGAGACCUGGGGUCACACCCAUGCUCUUUCAUUUAUUAAGAAAGUAGCAUCUUGUGACCCACCUACCCUGACCCCCAUCCACCAUGCCUUGGUUUCCUGCUUUGGUGAAACAGACAUGAGAAGUCCAGCCUCACAGGGCUGUUGUGAGGAUUAAAUGGAAGUAUGAAAUAUGCAACAGAAGUCUUGAUA